GCCAUUGGUUGUGGGAGCGUGUAAGACUGACUCCUCCCGCCUCGCCCUACCUUCUUCUCCGCUUCACACAGUUCUACCUAACGUGUGGCGCAUUUUGUGUUUCGUCUCCCACAGGGCAGCAGGUUGUCAAAGAGCUCCGCCAUGGCCUCCGCAGCAGAACUGAAGAUCGGCCAGAAGCUGAAUGAAGGCAAAACCAAGCAGAUAUUCGAGCUGGCGGAGCAGCCCGGCCUGGUGCUGGUCCAGUCCAAAGACCAGAUCACCGCCGGGAACGCGGUGAGGAAGGACCAGAUGGAGGGCAAGGCUGCCAUCGCCAACAAGACGACCAGCUGCGUGUUCAAGCUGCUGCAGGAAUCCGGUGUGAAGACGGCCUUCAUGAAGCAGCACUCGGACACGGCGUUCAUCGCUGCCCACUGUGAAAUGAUUCCCAUCGAGUGGGUCUGUCGCAGAGUGGCCACCGGAUCCUUCCUCAAGAGGAAUCCGGGAGUCAAAGAAGGCUUCCGCUUCUCUCCGCUGAAGAUGGAGAUGUUCUUCAAAGAUGACGCCAACAACGACCCUCAGUGGUCAGAGGAGCAGCUGCUGGAGGCCAAGUUCUGUCUGGCUGGGCUCACGAUCGGUCAGUGCGAGGUGGACAUCAUGAAUCGCAGCACUGUGGCCAUAUUUGAGAUCCUGGAGAAGGCCUGGGCCACACAGAACUGCACACUGGUGGACAUGAAGAUUGAGUUUGGUGUGGAUGUGAAAACUCAAGAGAUCGUCCUCGCUGAUGUGAUCGACAACGAUUCAUGGAGGCUGUGGCCAGCGGGAGACCGAAGCCAGCAAAAAGACAAGCAGGUUUAUCGUGACCUUAAAGAGGUUACUCCCGAAGCCAUGCAGGUGGUGAAGAGGAACUUUGAGUGGGUCUCUGAGAGGGUCAAGCUGCUGCUGGAGGCCCCGGCCAGCGGUAGGGUGGUGGUUCUGAUGGGCUCCACCUCGGACAUGGCUCACUGCGAGAAGAUCAAGAAGGCUUGUAGCGCCUACGGGAUCCCCUGCUUCCUCAGAGUCACCUCGGCACACAAAGGCCCAGAUGAGACUCUGCGCAUCAAGGCAGAAUAUGAAGGUGAUGGUGUACCUACUGUGUUUGUGGCUGUUGCCGGCAGAAGCAACGGUCUUGGUCCAGUGAUGUCGGGAAACACAGCUUAUCCCGUCAUCAACUGCCCGCCUAUCACCCCUGACUGGGGCGCACAAGAUGUGUGGUCAUCCCUCCGUAUGCCAAGUGGUCUCGGCUGCUCCACCAUCCUCUCCCCCGAGGCCGCCGCCCAGUUUGCGGCGCAGAUCUUCGGCCUGACCGAUCACCUGGUGUGGUGCAAGCUGAGGGCCUCCAUGCUCAACACCUGGGUGUCUCUCAAGCUGGCUGACAAGAAGCUCCAGGCCUGCAGCAUCUGAAGCGGCUCGAGAGGUCUCAGCCUCGUGUGCUCCUUGUGAUCUCCUCGUGAGCUCCUCUUGUCUGUCAAUGCCAUCGCUCUAUUCACCAUAACAAACCCACUGACGGUACAUCUAAUCUACACCUUCUUUCUCGCACACAUUGAAAGAGCAAAUUAAUAAAAGCUUCUUUAAUAAA